AUGGAAAAUCGUCGUGCAUUAAUGAAAUCUACUGAUAUGCAAGGACCAUUACAGAAAAUUGUUGUAGACACAUGUGUAGUAGCUACGGAACAGUAUGAUGAAGAAAGAGAUAUUGCAGCUUAUGUGAAGAAACAUAUGGAUAAAUAUGAUGGUGGUGUUUGGCAUUGUGUGUUAGGCAAGGAUUUCGGAUGUUAUGUAUCACAUUUGGAUGGAUACUUCAGUUACUUUCAAUUCCAAGGGAAAUCAAUGAUUGUCUAUCGAACACAAUAA